GGUUGUUCAACUUGUCGUUAGCACUAACGAUCCGUUAAAUUUUGCUAACGUAUCGUUAAAAUUUAACGUCUCGUUAAUUCUGUUGUUCAUCUCAUAGUUACUUUUAACGCUCCGUUAUAAUGUUCUUAACUUGAGUGAAAUUUAACGGUGGUAGGUAGCAGCGUUAAACCAUUUAACCAAGGUAUAAUUAGAAAAUGGCUGCUUUGUUAAUGCCACCACUAAGACCCAGAAAGGACAGAGUUUUUAGAGGAACUAUUUCACAUUUAACAAAUUUAAAUGACGAUGAACUAAGAAGGAGGUAUAGAUUUGGCAAGGACUCAAUUGCUUACCUUUGUAAUCUUCUACAAGACAGACUCAGAAGGACAACUAAUAAAGCAACAGCACUGACUGUUGAACAGCAAGUAUGUAUUGCACUGCGUUAUUAUGCAUCCGGCUCAUUCUUGCAAGUUAUCGGAGAUACACUGGGGUAUGACAAAGGCACAGUUUCUCGUGUUGUGAGUGAUGUGACAGAUGCCUUGAUUGCCAUUAAGGACGAUUUUGUGAGUUGGCCUACUGAUGUGGAUUCGAUCAACAGGAUAAAAUGUGGGUUUUACAGGCAAAGCAACUUUCCGAAUGUUUUGGGAUGCAUUGACUGCACACAUGUGAGAAUACAGGCACCAUCAGAUGAUGAACCAUCCUAUGUAAACAGAAAGGGGUACCACAGCAUAAAUGUGCAAGCUGUCUGUGAUUUUGAAGGCAGGUUUACCAAUAUAUUUGCAAACUGGCCAGGCUCCACUCACGACUCCCACAUAUUCAACACAUCAACUUUGUCUAAUUACCUCCAGACAAAUCACAGGGGAUUGAUAGAUGGUGUUAUUCUUGGGGACAGUGGAUAUGCUUGUCGCCCUUACCUGCUUACACCAUAUGCCAAUCCAACAGAGAGACACCAGCAAAGGUUCAACGGAUGCCAUGCCAGUACUAGAUCCGUUAUAGAGAGGACUUUUGGUAUUUUGAAAAGACGGUUUCAUGUCCUCCAUUCUGAGGUCAGAAUGAAACCAGAAAAAGUCUGCAGAAUUUUUGGGGCAUGUGCAGUGUUGCAUAACAUAGCCGUGUCUAGAAAUGAACCGUUGGUGAAUGACGACGGUGCUGGUGUUCGACUUGAUCAGCCUGUGCAAGUUCCAGCCUUUCUAGGAGUGCAAGAUGGAAGAAACACGAGAGAACACGUUGCCAGAUCAUUUUUUAACCACUGAAAUACAUAUUAUUAACACUUUUAUAUGCUUUCUUACUUUUUCAUAGACACAUGAUCCUAACUUAUUGAAGACCAUUUUUAUUACACUAUGGUCUUAAUGGAAAGAAUGUUUUAUUUUGAUGAUGUUCAAAAUAAGGAGACAUGGGGUGCAUGCCAGUGAAACAACUAUUCACCAAAGUGCAAAAUAAUUUGAUUUAAGCAACUUCUUGUUACCAUAUAUAUGACCAUCAACAACGACGGUUUAUUAUCUCAAUGAUUCGAUAUUUAAAUCAUUUAAUAACAUUAAAACUUUAUUCGAUAAGUGUUUAAGUUUUAAAUUAAAAGAUUCAAUCAUUGCUCAUGAAGUCAAACUCUUUACACAAGUGACACAGGCAGACUUAUGAUGCUUUUCAUGUCUCAGAUCAAUUACAGUUUCUUUUUUUUUGUCAGAACUAUUUGGUUCCCAUUUUACACAUCACUUCAUUUACAAACGUAUAUAUUUUGACACAAUCCACAUCCA